AUAAAUUUUCUAACAAAAUAUCACAAAAAAAUUUUGCUGUGCACCAACUAAUAUUAUAAUUUUAUAUCAAAAUGAUGUACAUACCACGUCGACCAAUUAGGUGCAAGGAAGGCACGGUUCCUCUUCCUCCAAUUCCCUCAUAUAGACCGAAAAAACCGCUUGUGAGGAUCAACAUCUUAGAGGAACUUGAGAAUAACAAAAUGCCAAUUAUCGAAAAAAUACUUGAACGUCCAUGCGGUGAUUAUUCUAGACGAAACCUAAAACUGUAUUAUGGGUCCAUAGAUGAUGUUUUUAAUGAGGAGAUCCUAAAAUCUCAUUUUACACAUUUUCGUGAGAACUAUUAUGAGAAAUUGUACUCCCGCCGACCUGAUGUUGCAGAAACAAGGGUAUUAGAUGCUAAACCGGAGCAUAUUAACAAUUAUACUACAACAUUUGGCAAACCAAGCACAAUCGAAAAUGCUAAAGAUAUUAUACAACCCAACGAGGAAUACAAAGAUAUCAAUAUAAGAUAUCAUUCUGGUCAUCGUGAUUAUUUAAUAAGUCAUCAAAAAUAUUUUCCAUCUGAGCAGGUUAACAGACACUAUACAAAACCAUUUAACCCAAAGGCCAUAUUUGGAGAUGCCACAAAUGUAAAUAAAGAUGGUUUUUUAGUUAAAGAGUGUUUAACUGAUAAGAGUGUUCCCUUUCCGACUUCUAAAUAUUCAUUAUAUCGUAGUAAACGAGAGAAUCCUUUUGUGGGAAAGCCAAGAAGAGGUUUUGCUCCUUUAAAUCGAAUUUAUGGCAUAAAGACAGAUUUCCGUGAAAGUACAGUUAAAAGCAUAUUAGAAGAAACGGAUCCAUCUGGCAAAGACCUCGAGUUAAGCUAUGCAGUCCAACACGUACACUCCAUACGACGUUUCAUAUUCAACAAGCCUCAUGUGACUGUUAUAGACAUUAAACAAGCAGUUUUAGAAAAUACCAAUGAGGAGGAUUAUUACAUUCCAUUGGAUGUGUUGAUUUCCAUAACGAAAAGAUUUCGGAUACCGAUUUGCCGAAUUAAGACAGGAAUGGCACUUAGUCAUUUCGGUUAUGUACAAGUUCGAGAUGGCGUAGAUUACGUAUUCUUAUUUGAUUACAUUAAUUUCAUCAAUGCAAAACAAAAUUUUCCAACACAUCGACCAGUAGCAGUUAUGACACCAAAUCAACAUCACGUAGACACCGAAUAUCGAGACUUAUGUAAAGGUUUGAAUGAGCCAAUAAAAGAAAUUAAAACCGCAACAAAGCGCCAUAAAGUUGGUGAUGAUCAUGUAGAUACUGUGAAAGAGCUUAUAAAUCGAACUCCGUUUUCAAGAGUGGGCCUAACACCAGAAAUAUUUACAAGACUAAGACCAAAACCUGAAUUGGAAAAUCUUUUUAAUAAUGUUAUAGCUCAGGAAGUAUUUGAGGAAAUGUGGGGAUUGUGCAUAGAGAGGUUUAAACAAAAAGAUAAGCUGGUAUCGAUAGGGCAAGUAUAUGAUAUGAAGAAAAACACAGAGUAUGAAAGAAGCCUUGCUGCUAUUGGCAAAUCUUUAUUCUAAAUUCAAAUCAUAUUUGCAUUUACGAUAUUUGGAUAUUUCUAGACCAUGGGCACAGCUUAAAUUAAAAAAAAAUUAUAUUAAUAAAAU